CACUCCACUGGAUCGCUAGCUAGCUAGCUGGCGCAGGCUGUCCUCAUGUUCCAAAAGUCUCGUCCCAUGUGACUGACCCUCCGGUUCCAAUUCCCAUCCGUCUCCAUGCCCCUCGCUCGUCCUCGCCCCGGCACAAGCUGCCCGCCCGGCUACUGCACAGCACCACUAUAUAUAAAACCAAACUCCAGCAGGCGCCGGCGCCAAAUCGCAAGAGCUAGCGAGAGCACGCACUGCUGGCGGCGCGGCUAAGACCGAGAGCCGCCGCGCACAUUGUUCGCGCGAGGCCAGCCGCCGGUUGCAUUGCAUGGCGCAGCAGCUGCCGCCCAGGAUCCCGACCGAGGUGCACCACUGGCCCGAGGGGGGCCAGCACGGCGCGGCGGCGGCGUGGGCGGACGACUUCGCCGAGUUCGCGGCGGCGCGGCGGGGCGCGCACCGCAGGUCGCUCAGCGACUCGGUCGCCUUCGUCGAGGUGGCGCCGGCCGACGGCGGGGCCGGCGAGUUCGACCGGCUCGACGACGACCAGCUCCUGUCCAUGUUCCCACCCGACGAGGCCGGCGGAGGCGGGUCGUCCGCGGCCGGGUCCGAGAACGGCGGCAGCAGCGACAGCGACGGCGAUAAGCGUGGCGCGCGCGGCGGCCCGGCGGGAGGCGCUCCCUCCACCGGCAGUGGCGGCGGCGAGCAGAACGGAGUCGUGGAUGCGCAAGCGCCGGCGGCGACUGGAGGACAAGCUGCCGUCGUCGCCUCCACGGAGCUCAUCCGGGACCCUAAGAGGGUGAAGAGGAUCCUUGCCAACCGGCAGUCGGCUCAGAGGUCGCGGGUGAGGAAGCUGCAGUACAUCUCCGAGCUCGAGCGCAGCGUCACAACACUGCAGAACGAGGUGUCGGUGCUGUCCCCUCGCGUGGCGUUUCUGGACCAGCAGCGGACCAUACUGAGCGUCGGCAACAGCCACCUCAAGCAGCGGAUCGCAGCUCUUGCCCAGGACAAGAUUUUCAAGGACGCUCAUCAAGAGGAGCUCAAGAAGGAGAUCCAGAGGCUGCGCCGGGUCUACGACCAGCAGAACCUCAGGAUGUCAGCCGGCGGCGCCGCCGCUUCUGACCAUGGGCCGCCACCACCGGUGGUGCGCGCUGAGAAGGAGCUCAUGAGCUAGCGAGCCAGUCCAUGCGUGCCCGAUGUGCAGUCCGACUUACCAUUAACAUGGAGGGAACAUUGCAUCAUGAUUUUUUAUUUCCAGAUUCUGUGGAUGUUUUCUUCCUUCUUUUUUUUUGGUCUUCUUAUUCUUCCAUUAACAUGUGCGUUGAUUCUUUGUAUGUUGAUCUGGAUUUGGUGUAUUAAUUGUGCAAGUUGUGGUGAAAUCACCAGGAUAAUUUAUCUGUCAUGUAAAUUAUUUUUGAUGCAUUACAUCUCUUCUCUGGAAAUCUGGAUGGCUCUUGAUUUUUGUAGGGUCUUUCUUUUUUUUUUUCUUUUUCCUUCGGUGUGACCAGAUCUCUUACUAUUGCCAGGUUCAGUGUAAUAGAAUUAGCAAGGUGGCCCAAGUAAAUAGUGAGGGCAGCUACCGUUUUUGUUCUUUGUAACGUAGUAACAUUUGUAUCGGAGUUUUUUUAAUUGAAAUUCUUUUUGCAAUUUUA